AUGAAGAAACUAUUGAGUCUGCAGCUGGGCUCCCACGCUCACGGCGCCUUUACCGGCAUGCCGCACCCGCAGCGGUCUCCGCGGGAGCCUGGCGAAGGGGACGAGGAUACUGUCUCCGUGGCUGGGCGGGUCAGCGGAGACAUGGAGCCUGUGACGCUCUCCAGAAGAUCCUCCGCCGUCAGCAGCUCGAUCGCGACGACGCCGCGUGGGACGAGGCAGCACCAGGGAGGAGGAGAGAAGCAGUGCAAAUGUUGCAAGAAAGGCUGCACGCUCGUUGGCAGGCUCCGCCAGCAGCUGCAGAAUCUGCGCGAGGAGAAGACGCAGCUUGAGAAUCUGAUUUCCAUGCAGACCAUGACGCUCCAUCAGAUCGACCGCGACGGGAGGCAGAUGGAGAAGAUUUCCUCGGAGCGACUCGAGAGCCAGCGCAAGCUUGCUGCCCUUCUGCAAGAUGAGCAGCGAUCGACGGAGGAGAGGCUGAAGGCGGCCGCCGAGGCGGUCACAGCGCUUCAGACGGAGCUUAAUCAGGUGCAGCAGCACGCCGACUCCGGACUUCAGAGCCUGCGAGAGCAGCUACACCAACAAACCGCAGAGGCCGCCCACGCUGCGGGGAGAGCUAGUCAACUAGAGGCGGAUCUCGAAGCCGCGCGGAAAUCUCUGGAGGAUCAGAGAGCGGUUGAGACGCAGACGUCGCGGGAAAGCGACUUGGCGCGGGAGAAAGCGAAGGCGCUCGAGCUGGAGCUCGAAAAGAUUCUCGAUCAGAAGAAUGCGCUAGAGAAGCUUCUGGAGGCUGAACAGCAGGCCGCAGACGAAGAGCGCGAGGGAUGGCGGCGCAAGCAGGAGGAGCUCGAGAGGGAGUUCAAAUAUGUGCUGGAAGGAGAGCGCGAGACCUGGAAAAAGCUCAAAGAAGAGAGAGAGAAGGAACAUCAAGAGCUGCUGGCGAAGGCCCUCGCAGACGUUCGAGCCAAGGACGAAGAGCGGGAGAGGAGACGCGAGGAAGAUGAGGAGGAUCGCCGCCGAAAGCGCGACGCCGAGGACGCCGAGCGGAGAAAGAGACUGGAGGAAGAAGACGAAACGAGGAGAAAGAAACGCGACGCGGAAGACGAAGAGCGGAGGAAAAAGCGCGAGCAAGAUGAAGAGGAACGCGCACGUGAGAGGCAGGCAGCGCGAUCGAAGAUCCAAGAACUCGAAAGGCAGCUUGAAGAGGGCGAGGCGAGGACUCAGCAGCUGCAAACGAAACUCAAGGAGAUGGAGGAAACGCAGCAGAGUCUUAAACGGCAAUCCUCGGAAGAAAAGCAUGCCCUCGUCAGCGAAGUCGAGGUCCUCAUGGCUCAGGCGGCUCAAACUGCAGACUACCGCGACGUGACAGAGCAGCUGAAGAAGGCGGAACGAGAAAACGAAGACCUGGAGCUGCGCAUUGAGGCACUCGUCAGCGAAAAGGAGGCGGCGAUUCGCGAAGCGGCAGCGGCUGUAGAGAAGGCCCAGGCGGAAGUCACGCGUCUUGAGACGGAGAUUCGCCGAAAGGACAACGAAAUCGUAAUGUUCACCCAGAGCGCGGGGACGAGCGAGGAAGAAGAGGAGGAGCGAGACGAAGGGCCUGCAGCGCGCAUCUUGCGGAGGAAUUUGCGGAAAAUCGAAAAACUCGAGGCGGAACUAAGAACCAAGGAAGCGGCAGUCCACGACCUGGAGACGAAAGUCGAUCACGUCCUGGCUAGCCAGAGCAAUGCAGUGAUGAACUUGGCCGCCAAGGAGGCGGAGCUCGCGCGCGCGCAGAAGACAAACGAAGACCUGCAGCGGCGCGUGGAGGAAGACAAAAAGCGCCGAGACGAGAGGCAAAAGGAACUGAUCUCGCUGGAGGAUGAGCACAAGGCUCUGCUGGAAAGAAACGCGGAGCUUGUCAGAGAGCUCGCGAAGGGCGGCCAGAAGGUCGCAGCCUUGGAGGCGAAUCUGCGGACGGCUGAGCAGAGUCUGCAGGGCGUUAAAGAGGAGAUGAGUGCGAAAUUGUCUGAGACUGUCGCGCAGGACGAGCAAGAGAUCAAACGGCUCUCGAAGGAACUUGCUGAGGCGCAGAAGCAUCUACAGGAGGGCACCGCGGAAGACGCUCGAGCUGUGGAGGAGCUUCAGGGCUUGCUGGAACAAUCGGGAAAGCUGACGAUGGACCUCGCGGAGAAAGAGGAAGAAGUUGGGCAACUGCGCCAGCAGAUUCACGUGCUCGAGGAGAAGCUGAAACAACGCGACGAAGCGGCCGCUUCCAAAGCGAAGCUCUGUCGCGAUCUUGCAGCGCGUGAUGCGGAGCUCGCCGCCAUGCGCCAAAAGCUGUCUGACGCAGAGGAGGAGCUUCGACUGCGAGCGCGAUCGCGUGCUGGGAGCGAGUGGAAGGUGACGGCGCUGGUGCAGACGAACACUGAGCUGGUAGCGAAGCUCGCGAAGGCCGAGGAGGAGCUCGCAGCUGAGCGUCGCGCAGCUUCGCAGGCGAAAGACGAGACGAAGAAGCUCUCGAGUCAGCAACGCGACCAAGAGGAACAGAUCCACGCUCUCGUCAGGGCGAACACGCAGCUCGUCAGCGACUUGGCAGACAAAGAUGCAAAACUCAGCGAAGCGAACAGGACGCUGACGGCUCAGGGCACGAGACUCGAAAUCCUUCAGCCGCUCGAGGAGAAGAGCUCGCAGCAAGAGGCGCUGAUCAGCCACUUGGAGGCGUCCAAGGACACGUUGAGCGAUCAGGUCACGCGCUUGGACGCAGAGCUCGCGGCUAUGCGGAAGGAGGCUGAGGACGCGAACUCCGCAGCGAAGGAUCGCGAGGAGAAGACGAAACGCGAGAUGGAGGCUCUAAACAAGCAGAAGGCGGAGAUGGAAGGUCGGCUGGAUGCGCGUAGUGCGGAGCUCGCGCGAGCGAACGGCGAGCUUACCAAGCUAAGCGAAGAACUUCACCUCCUGAAGCUGAGCGGCCCUGCACGCGAGCAGGAGAUGACUGAGUUAAUCGAGGCGAAGGCGACGCUGAUGGAUGAACUCGGCAAGAAGGAGCGCGACAUUUCCGAGGCGCACAAGGCGGCCCGCGAGAAGGAGGCGCAGCUGCGGAGCUCCCUCGCCGCUGCGCACGCUGAGAUCGAAGCGAAGACGAAGCAGAUCGCCGAGCUCUCACAGUUCGGCCGCGAAGACGCAAUCACCAAGCGGGAGCGCAAAGAGAAGAUCGCGGCCUCUCACGCUGAGCUAGCCACGCUCAAGGCGCGGCUCGCUGAAACUGAAAAAGCCCUCAAACUUGCGAAGGAGGGCGAGGACGGGGAGGUGCAAAAACUCGUGGCGACGAAUAGUGCCCUCGUUUCUGAGUUGGCUGAGAAGGACGCGGAGCUCUCAGCACUCAAGCUCCGACUCGCAAACGCGGAGAAACAAAGCCAAGCUGAAGCCGCUCAAGCGCCUCGACGGGAGGAAAUGCAGCGUCUCUUGGUGGUGAACAGCGAGCUCACGACGCGGGUCGCGGCGCAGGAGGCGGAGCUGGCUGAGCGCCUUCAAGCGCUCGAGGCCUCGAAGAGCGAAAACGAGACACUCCGCAAGCAGCGCGAGGCGGCGAGUGCCGCGAACCGCGACCGCGGUUCCGACCGCGAGACCCGGCGCGCCCUCGACGCGCAGAAAGCCAAGCACGAAACGGCGAUGCGGGAGCAACUCGAACACGCCCGCGUGCUUCUCGCUGCGGAGAAGGAGAAGCGCGUCAUGCAAAACGUCAAGCUGCGCAAGCAGCUCUCCGCCGCUCAAGAGGCGAGGUCUCAACUGGAGCAUGAACGCGACGAGGCGAUCGCCGCGGCAGCCGCCUGCGCGUCGGCGCUCGAGCAGAGGCGCCAGGCACCGCCGCACUCGCCUUCCGCAUCUUCAGCAACUCAGUGUCCUGCGAAUGGCGCGGCCGCCGCAGAGUCCGAAGAAGCCGCGGCGGCCGGAGAGUCGCGCCUUGAGCAGUUUUCGCGCGAGAUUCAGGCCCUGCGCGAGGACGGCGCAGGCAUCAGCCCGGCUGAGGAGGCGUGGAUGCUGAACAAAGCGAAGAGCUCUCCAGCGGAGGUCACGGAGCUCCUCCGCGUGCACCGCGAAGAGCUGCGAAUCCGCGAACAGGCCCGCGGCUUCGCCGGCGCGCCGAGCCUGGCAGCGCGGGAGUCGCGCAGGCGAGGGUUGCCAGCCAGCGGCGAACUCGAAGACACUCGCAACCACGUCGAGCUGACGGCCGCGGAAGCUGGGUUCUUCGGAGACGACGGGCUCUCUGUCUUGGCAGUACUCGGCGCCGGGGAGCGCCCGCCCCAGCAAGUUCCUCUCGCGUCGCCACUCCGCGUGUCGCCUCCGCCUCCGUCGCUGUCCGCCGCGCGUCGACCGUCUCCUCCGCGGCUUUCGCCUCCGUCUCCGCCGCGUGGGCCGCCUCGCCCGCCGGCGCUGUUGUCUCCGUUGUCCCUCUUGGAGCCCAAGGCGCCCGACAGCCCUGUUUCUCGCGCCGCGGACGUUUUGACCUCUGUGGCGUUCUACCACCCCUCCAUGCUCCCACGGGGCGAGGGCAGUCCGCUCCACGUCGAAGAAAAAUUCCUCGAAAACCUGCAUGUGUAUCGCUACGCGCCCGCAGCCUCUGGCGCGAUUCCGCGCGCGCCGGCGCUGCCACAGUCGCCAGAGGAGAUCCUGAAAAACCCGUUUCCUCUCAUCCUCGCCUUGGCUGAACCCUCCCACGCUUCCGCCGAGACCAACGCGCGCAGGGACGCUCCCCCGUCGCCGUCCCGCCUCCCGCCGUUUUUCGCGCCUCUGCCUCUCUCACGGCCUUUCUUGGCGGCUAGGGGGGCGAAGCUCCCCGAGGCUCGAAAGAGCGGCGCCUCGAUUCGCCUGCUGUCCGCCGCGGAGCGGAACGCCGAGGGGAAGACCGGAGAAGACCGGAGGAGACGCACGCGAAUCCCCUCGCCAGCCGCCGCGCGGAAAUGA